UUCUCUCUCUAGGGUUUUCGCAACCCUUUCGUUCCCCCAUUUUUAUAUCUCUCUCUCUCUGUCAUCCGAACCUGUGCACACGGGAAAAAUAUCUGUAUCUGAACGAGCAGCAAUGGCGGAAGAAUUGCAGUACGGUUCGGACUCACUCUCCAAUAAGAGGAAGUACGAAGACAGCCAAGCGGCUCUUCCGUCUAGGAGCCGACCGACUGGAUUUUCUGCUCCGAUCUCUUCUCAGUCGCCUCCGGACUCCAAGCAGCCUCCGGCUUACAACACCGUCCCACCGCCUAUGGAUGAGAUCCAGCUUGCUAAACAGAAAGCUCAGGAAAUUGCUGCCAGGCUCUUUAACAACGUUGAUCCUAGCAAGAAGCCUAGGGUUGAUAACGGUGGCAGUGGUGGAUAUGACUCCAUAGAACCUGUGGUUCAAAAGCCCUUGAGUGGUGCUCCUUCAGUGCCAAGUUCAUACGGGUAUCCUGGUCUAAGUAAGAAGAUAGAGAUACCUAAUGGACGGGUUGGAGUGAUUAUUGGUAAAGGUGGGGAGACCAUUAAGUACCUUCAGCUUCAGUCUGGUGCAAAGAUUCAAGUUACCAGGGAUAUGGACGCAGACCCUCAUUCUCUGACUCGAGGGGUUGAGCUGAUGGGUACCCCUGAUCAGAUUACAAAAGCUGAGCAAUUAAUUAAUGAUGUCCUUAAUGAGGCUGAUGCAGGUGGUUCAGGCAUAGUUUCUCGAAGGGUAACUGGACAACCAGCUGGAGCUGAUCAAUUUGUCAUGCAGAUUCCAAAUAACAAGGUUGGACUUGUUAUUGGUAAAGGAGGUGAUACCAUAAAAAACAUGCAAGCCAGAACCGGUGCUCGGAUUCAGGUGAUACCGUUACACUUGCCCCCAGGUGAUACAUCCACUGAAAGGACACUACAAAUUGAUGGCACUAGCGAACAGAUUGAGGCUGCAAAACAAUUGGUCAAUGAAGUCAUCGCUGAGAAUCGUAUGCGUAAUUCUUCUAUGGGAGGAGGUUAUCCUCAGCAAGGUUACCAAGCUCGGCCUCCUGCAAGCUGGGCUCCUCCUGGUCCACCAAUGCAACAACCUGGCUAUGGUUACCUUCAGCCUGGAGCUUACCCUGGCCCUGCUCCUCAGUAUAACAUGAAUCAGCCACCUUACCCUGGUUAUCCCCCUCAACCUACCUCUGGUGGAUAUACCUCUGGCUGGGACCAGACAACUGCUCCAUCAAAUCAGCAGAAUGCUCAGGGAGGUGGCUAUGAUUACUAUAGCCAGCAGCAGCCUCCACAGCAACAGCAGGCUCCGGGAGGUCCUGGUGGUCCUACAGACAAUUCUGCCUAUGGUUAUAAUCAGGCUCCAGCUUCAGGUUAUAGUCAAGGGCAAGGUUAUCCUCAGGAUGGUUAUGGGGGAUACCAAUCUACUGUCCCUCAAUCUGGAUAUGCUCAAUCCCAGCCAAAUGCUGUACCUGGGUAUGAUCAGCAACAAGGUUAUCAUUCUGCAUCUGGAUAUGGUAGUGUAUCAAACCCACCAACUGAUGGCCAUACACCUUCGUAUGGAACUCAAGCUGAUGCCAGCCAAGCUCCACCUGUGCAGUCAUCUGCUACUGGCCAGCAAGGUUAUGCUGCUGGUCAGCAGCCAAGUCCUAAUCCUAAUUACCCUCCGCAAGGAGCUGCCCAGCCUGGUUAUGGAGUACCUCCAACUUCCCAAGCUGGUUAUGGGACUCAGCAACCGUCAGGUUAUGGCUCAAGCUAUGGGCCCCCGCAGACUCAAAAGCCUCCUACUAGUCAACCAGCUUAUGGGCAAACUCAGCAGUCACCUACUGCCCAAGGAGGUUAUGGCCAGCCUGGGUACCCACCUGCUCAAUCUGGUUAUGGACCACCAUCGACUGGUUAUGGAGCCCCUGCAUCUCAGCCAGGAUAUGGAGCCCCUGCAUCUCAGUCAGGAUAUGGAGCCCCGCCUUAUGGCGGACCACCAGCGUCUCAAUCUAACUACGGGCAGCAGGCAACGUACAGCAGUGCUUAUAGUGGUGGUUACUCCAACUCCCAGCAACCACCAGCAUACUCUUCUGAUGGCAGUUCAGGUGGCAAUCCCCGGGGAGCAUAUGAUUCAACUACAGCGUCUCAGGCUAGCCAGCAGCCAAGCGGGGUCUCAAAAGCCUCGCCUCAGGAAUGAUGCAUGUAAUGGGGAUCAUGGCUGGCUGGCCUUCUUAUCAUGGUCUAUAUUCAGGGUCUUUGUUCCAUUUGUCUUAGGUUCGGUGGUGAAUUUUUCCUAGGUCUUUGUAGGUCUUGUAGUGUUAGUGGAUUAAAUGCUUGUUAGAAUUAUGGCUUUAGACUUGCGGAGUAUGACUGUAAAAUUGUUUUGGUUUAUGUCUUUUGUAUGGUUGAACUUUCUUUAGAUCCUUAUGUUCAUCACAAAUUGCUUAGUCGGCUACAUGAUUUGCUCUA